AUUCGAUUUUUUUUUUUCCUCGUAGACGAGUACACCAGAAUCACAACACCUAGACAGGACGUGCUAUUCAAGAAGGGUUACCUGAGCAAGCCGAAAAUUUACCAGACGCAAACUUCGACAGGAAACUCAACCGUAUCCACGGGAAACUCAACAGGAAAUGGCACACCAGACCACCAAUCUGCAGAUGGAACAGAAGGUACGGACCUGGAAUACGAGGCUCAACAAUUUGUGUUUCCAAACGGAUUCGUCGACCAAAACGGCAUAUACUACAUCAAUAGUUACGAUCCGUACACCCCAUUCAUGGUAUACAACGCUCCGUUCUGCUACCCGGACCAUCAUCCGACCUCCAGAUCGAAACGGUACAGCACGGAUUCGCUGACGGAAUCGACGAGUCCGCAUAACGAGGAGACGAGUCAGGAUUUGAGUCAGAGCGGCGGUGAAACGGCGAACAAUGUCGACUUCAAUCCGGCCUUCACUGCGGCAUAUCCAGGCCUGUACUGCAACGGCGGAGGAGGGCUUCCUGGAUCCACAGAAGCUGAUGAUGCGACAACGGAACCACGAAAAAUCAAGAAAAAGAGGCGCAGGAAGCUAUCGAAGCCCAUUCCAGAUGGAGGCACAUCUUCCGAUGAAUACUCAGAAUCCGAGGAGCCAGUCAGCGAAAUCGAGAACAGGAUCAUUCAGGGAACGCACAGGACAAGCACUUCGACCGAGGCUGAAGCCGACGUGACUGCAUCCAUAGAUGAAAAACCGGUGGAUGUCAGCAAAACGUCCCUGAAACCAGACGCGAAAGAGUUCGUCCCAAUGGCGUACAGAGUCGAACAAACUCCCUUCCCAUUCAUUCCCCCGAAUUUUUUCUUCAUAAAUGAAUUACCUCCAGGCUUCAACCCGACUUGUCUGCCACCGGGUAUCCCCAUAAAUUUCGUCCAUCCCGAUCACAAAAGCAAUUACGUUAAUGCUAUUCCUAACCAUCCGCAUCAUCACCAACAUCUCCAACAGCACUCGCCAGUCCUUAAACAACUCGAAUCUACCGCGGAGGAAUCGAAAGAUCUUGCGCAAGAAGAAAUCUUACCCGAAGUGGAGAAGAAACCUGAAGAGGAACCGAAACCCGUGACGUUCCCUAAGAGGGACAUCGACAUCGAAGUGAUCGUUUCGAAGCUGGAGGAAGCCGCCAAAGAGCAGAGGCGAAAGCUGUCCCCCAAAUUCAAGCCGAAGCCCAAACGAACCUAUGUAAAAAAACCCGUCGAAGAACUUCCAAGAGACGAUGAAGCUACAACCAAAAUGCAGUACAGUGAUGUAUCAGCGAAAAAAUCGAGUGCUCCGUUGAAGGAUGUAAAACCGAAUGUCAAUGUUACAAUUAAGAGUGCUGUGCAGCAGUCGCCGAAAAGAAAUCCGUUACCCGAAUCCCCUAAAUCAAAACCCAAUCCGAAUCAAUGGAUCUCCGUUUCUAACAAGAAGAAACGGAAAAAUAAAGCGCAAGAAGUUGACAAUUUUAGCGGCCAAGAGGAAGAGGAGGUCGCACCCGUCGCCGAAGACGGAUUCGAAUCGUACGAUGUGACUAAAUUAGUGGAUGUUGUGCCUGCAAAACCCGACAAUAUAAUCCAAGUACCUGAAAAAGUUGACGUUAAACCCAUUCCCUUGGUUCCCCGAGAAAUUGUUAUCCAGGAUGUUCAGGUUAUCGAGAAAGCGAUGAUCGAGCAAUGCCAGAAGAAACCCAGCGAGAAUCAAGAGAUAGACAUGCUCAUCGAAUCUCUAGCCGAAAUAGAAUCGAAGAUCAAACCGAAAGCACUGGUUGUAAAACAAAAGAAGAAGGUUAUCGUCACAGACGUGGAUCUGUCUGAAUCGGUGGAGGAGCCCAAGAAGGUGCCCAAAAUUGCGAAGAAGGUUGUGGUGAAGAAGGAAAUCGAGGAGAAGCCGAUAGCAGAAUCACCUGAAAAAAAGAAAGUCAACAAGAAAAAGAAGAAAUCUUCUAGAGAUUCUCAAAUCGUACAGAAUCUGGAUGACUAUGAUUUCUUGAUCAAGGAUUCUUUGUUGGUCGAGGAGAAGACGAACGUGGAAGUUUCCGAGGAGCUGGACAAGAUAAUCCAGCGCGGUAUGUACAGCAGUCUGGAGGAGAAAAUCCGGUCACUGAACAUAAAGGCAAGCAACGAUGGUUUCUUUAAGACCAUGUCACUGUUGGGUCCCGAAAGAAAAAAGAGCAAUGAUUUGACUGAAGCUUUGAUGAAGACGACCAGCUUCAAACCGGCCGUGGCCUCGACUCGUGACGCAGUAAAGGUAACAAGCACUGAAUUAACAACGCCUCCUCCUUCUCCUUCUUCAUCAACCACAACUGGUUCUUUUUUAGACCUCGCUCGGGAUUCAAGCGUGGUAGCAGCAGCAGCAGCAGCAGACGACGACAAGGAAGAGAAAGACGAAACGCAUCCCAUCACUCAGGCUGUCAAGGACUGGAUGACCAGGACGCGCGAAACAACCCCCGACGUGGAGAUCUUCAAGAGCCCCAGAGAAAUCCUACAGAACUUUGCAAGCGACGAGGUCACCCUGUGGACCUUCUCGCCCCAAAGUAGCAUCGACGAUGACCUUCUCGACUGUUGGGAGGACGAUGUCACGGUCAUUGAGAAUAAUAAAAAAAAUCCCAAUACAGACGACUGCCCAAGAGGCCUAAGGAACACUGCAAACCGACAACCGUGAAAUGCGAAGAGAUCCAGUGGGGAAUAAUGUGGAUAUGGAAAAGAAGCGUCAAUCUUCCUUUCAAAUCAAUUUGUUGCAGCCUGAUGUGAAACACCAAUUGAAAAAGAAAAGAAAAAAAAACUAUUCAAGCGCGCCUAAUUUGUGUUCAAUUCAAAGAGAUUCGUUUAUUCGUUUAGUUUUAUCACAUGUCAAGAAAUUCCCUUGCACUUAAAACCUAAGAACGAAUAAUAAAAAAAAAUGGAGAAGGAAAUGGUAACCACACACACACACACACCGGACGUCCAAUAAAAAUGUUAAUGUAAUAAACUAAACGGGUCUAAAAGCGAGUUGUUGACACUUAUAAAAAAAAAUAUUGUUAAUUGUUAAAUUUUCUUAAAGUAAGUGGUAUUUUUGCAAAUAAGAGUAUAAAACAGUAAAGACUGAUCGAUGUGAACAACAAAGACGCACCGGAAACAAUGGUAUUCCCAGCCGGCAGCAAAGAAACGCUUUUAUUUUUUAUUUUAUCUUAUUAUCAAUUGUUAAUUAGUGAUUAGGGCAACUUUACAUUUAGCUAAUGAUUAACAAAAAAAAUAAGAUUAA